UUUUAUUUACUUCGGUAUCUAGUUUAUUUUUAAUCGUAGUGGCUAGUUUUAUCGACGAAUUUCACUCUUACAAUUGAGUAACAUACUCGGAGUAGAGUUCUUAGAUUUCGAGCUUCGAUUAUUUAUUCAAAGAAAAAAUAAUUGGUCGUGUAGAAAGAUAACGUCUCCGAGAGUGAACAAUGUGCACGAGGUUUGGUAACUUCCAGACUAUUUUUACCUAUGGUAUUAUCACCGGAUCGACUUUUUUAAUGUUGGCUUUGAAAUAUGGACCGUUGGAAGUGAUUUUCGUCCUUGUUCUUUUCGGAGUUGUUUUGUACUCGAUUGUCUUCUUCAUACGGGAAGAAAGAAGGCUGCAAGGAGCUCUGAACACUGUUUUCUCAAAGCUGUGCCUGUUUCGAAAUGAGUGCGCCUGGAGAAAAUGCUGCGACGACGACGUUGAAUCAGAAAAUUUUAACUGCGGCAGGAGAAAGGAGCUUUUAAUUAACGAUUGUGCUUGCAAAGAGAAGAAACCAAAAAUUAAAAAAUGCGCUAAGGUUUUAGACAGAAAAUGUUAUAGCGAUAUCGAUAAGGUUUUAGAAGAAAGAGAGAAACAGUGCUCUAGAUCCGACAGCGUUUGCAAAAAAGUCGAUUCUGAUAUCAGCGUUUACAAAGCAAAAAGAACCACAAGAGAACUUAGUUCGUUAAAUAUUGAAUGUCUGAAAUACGCCAAGUACGACUGCUGUUCUAGUUGCGAUUCGACUUGUACUUUUCGGCAGAAACGUCUUGAAAUUUAUAAACUGAUACAAACCCUUAUCGACCUGGACCACCAAUGUUCGUGUCCGGAGAGCGUGGAAUUUUUGAAAGGCUUGAAGCAAUUCGUAACGUGCGACGUCAACAAUAAAACACCGAUGGAAUGGUGGGAGGAGUACCAAACCCUUAAAAUCCCACCUUCAUGCUGUAAUCUGAACUGGUACAUGACCCUCGAACGGGCAGGGCAGUACGGUGUCGUCUGUAACAUGCAUAGAAAUGAAAAUUGUCCACAGGAGGAGAAACCUGUUACGACAAAAUGUGAUAACGGACAACCUUGUGGUGAGAUCUUUGACCAAAAGUCGCAAAAAGUUAAAAAAAGCAAGAAAGGUAACCGGCGGUUUGGUAAUUGGUUCAAAAGGAGGAAACCUAGAAAGAAGAAAUCGAAUACGACUUAGAAAAAAAAAAUUGCACCUUUCGAUAGCAAUACAUAGAUAGUAAUAUAAUGUGAUUUUUAACCCUUA